AUGACGACACUUGACGAGCUGCGAGAACAGGGCGCCACCUCCUUUGCGAUUUACGAAGACCAGGAGUACCGAGAGCCGUUGUCGCCCUCGGCUAUGUUCGAGGGUGAUACUUCCUUCAACUCCGAUCUGGCCAUGUCCAUGAAUGGCGACGAGGUGCCUAACAUUGAGGUCGAGCGAGAGCUUGGCGACGGACUGCUACAACCCUACCAAAGCUCAUACACAUCUCGAAAGGGACAUUCGCGGCGUCAAUCGGCCACGACACACUAUAGCUUCAUAUCCGCCAUGCCAUCUGAGACCGGCUCCAUCUCAUCCAAACCCGCUUCCGCCGGCGACCCGGCCAUGGAUGCACGAUACACACCGCGGAAGGAACGGCCACGAUUCCGAAACCCCGAGUCCGUACGCGCGAUGCAGAUGUCAUCUCCACUACCCAUGUCCGCCUACGAAAGCAAUCGAGAGAGGAUGAAGAGCGCAUACGGCCUUGCAACUCCAAGUCGAACCGGAAGGUCAGAGACACCAGUGUCGAGACACUCCGGGUCACGCAGGGGAAGCGUUCGAAGCCACCACAGCCCCAAGCCUCCGCCGACACCACAGCAAGCGCCCCUUGUCCUGCUUCACGUCACAAUACUGCCUAUGCAGCUGCCUUUCUCGCACGACCUCAUGGCCAGGAUCAUGCCUGACUGGCUGGUGGAGAACUACAAGCUGUUGGAGGAGAAGUUACAGGACAUCAUCCUCAUGCGUCGGGGUCUGCUCAUCCCUCACCCUCGAGACGAGUACGAGCUGCUGGAGGAGCGUAUCUUGGAGAGUCUGGAACUCAAAACGCCCCGACUGCUCAAGUGUGGUCACUUCGUGGCACCAGAUGAUGACGCAGACAAGGAUGAAGAUGAUGACUCGGCAAUCGGUGCUGACGACGGUAGCAGCCGCAUGAGCGGAGGCACCAUGACUGAUGACCACGAAGGCAUGCACACAAGAAGAGACUCGGCUACGUGCCUAGACUGCCAUCGCGAGUUGAAGAAGCCUGGACAGGGUGUUGGUGCGGGUACGCGCCGCUUCGACAUCAGGAUCUACGCCGCCAACGGCCUCAUGCGCUCCGAGGCAUGGACGGCGGCAUGGACCGAGAUGGAGCGUUGCGACGUCGAGAUCUCGCCCUGGAUCCCAGAAGAUGUCCGUAAGACUCUGGAGAAGCGAAUUCUCGAAGAGCAGGAAGCGGACAAACGCAAGGCAGCAUACAACGCCGAGCUCCAGCGCAGGGUCCAGGAGGAUGCCAUUCGACAGCAGAAACUGGCCGCUGAGGCAAUCGCCAAGAAGAGGCAAGAGGAGGCGGAACUUCAGAGGAGCUUCGAAGCUGCCGCCGCUGCUCUGCAGAGGAGUAUCGACGAAAAGGCCGCUGACAAGGCGAGGUUUGAAGAGACCAUGGAAGAGAAGAUCGAAGAAGCAAAAGAAGAAAUACGCCUGGAGCUCGAGUCCCAAGCAAUGCUGGAAUCUAACUCGGUCGCUGAACGCUUCCGUGCGAUGGAAGAAGCGCUGAGACAAUACCAGUAUGCCUCGUGCGUCGAGUCAGUAGCGCCCUCAGAAGCAUCUCCACACUCUCGCGCAUCCACAUAUGACUUGGAUUUGCGCAGUGUCUCACGUGGUCGCCGCGGAUAUACUUCGUCUCGACCUCACGCCGCGCAACUGCCACUCAGCACUCUUCUGAAGAACUACAUGAUGGUGCAACUAGCGGACCCCAAGAACUGGGCAAUCCUGCUGUUGACCGCUGCCGUGGGCUUCAUGUCGAUGAAUGCGACCACCCAUUUACCCCCCACACCUUCAAUCAGCGACGUGUCCUCGGUCGAUGUUGUGUCGGCAUCUGCUGUGACAGCAACAACCACUGCAUUCUCGACCCUCACGAUCACCGAGACCCAGAUGGCUAGCAGCGUCUACCCAACAACCUCGUACUUGUCUUCCGCGUAUGCCACCGUACCUUCAUCUUCUGUUGCAGAGUCCGUGCUGCCUACCAUUCUGCCCGCCGAGCCAGAAGUUAUCGCGGAUCCCAACGAAGUACAUGUUUUCGAGUCGUCCUCCACCGUUGACGACGAGCCGCUUCGACGGGCAUCUGAGUCGUCUGAGGAGGAUUCAGAGGAGACCGUUGUCGCGGAACCGGUCGUCGAGGACCUUACAGAGCCUGCAAACAUUGAUUCCAGCCUAUUCCAGCACACAUCCGAGUUGCUUGAGGCAGCAUCGGAGGAGGCAAUCGUUAUAGAGGAUCCCGUAACGCCGCAAGCAGAGGACUCCUCCAUUGAGACGGAUGAUGUUGCCGCAGCAGAGACUGACAGCGUUGCCAUCGAGUCGGAUGAAGAGAUGGAGGUCUGCGCCGUGGAGGACACUGUGCACGCCUUCGACAGCACCUGCCCUGCUGACAAGGAAUGA